GCUUAAAGCCGAGUAGUCGUGUCUCGUUCCGGUCCGGUCUGGAGUGACUGUGCGCGCGUACGUGCACGCUCGCCGUCAUCUCGCAUCGCGGAACAAAAACAAAAAGCGGCAACGCGAUAUACGAAGCGAAAUACGGGACAAGCAAAGUGGCGAGUCGCUUCGCGAGGGGAAAGAAAUCGCGCGUUCGAUAUUGCGCCGAUCUUCCUCGGAGUAUUCUCACGUAGCCACGUUUCUCGUUUCGCGUUUUGCUCCGAGCGUGUGCGAUCCAACUUCCAGUUGCAAGUUGCGGAUCGACAGUGAUCAGUGUGUGCGCGCGCGCCAUAUUCGCGCGCGUCACCGGUUGCUUCAGGUUGCCUCUAACGUUGCUCGCUGUGGGCUACGACGCGCGACAAAGGGUCGAGUGUGCGACUGUGAGACGACGUGUGGAGAGUGCUGGUGAGUGCCGCGAGUGUGUUGCGCCCUAACGUAAAUGAGUGUGUAUGAGCGGUAACGAGUGCGAGUGCGCGGUAGUGUCGGCGAACACAACGGGGAGUUACGCUCGGCGAAACGGAAACGUGCACGCCGAGCCGACAACACAUGCGGAUCGUGGGAUCGUGGAAUGCACGCUGACAGUCGUCCCCAGUGCGUGCAAGAUUGAAGGGAAGAGGGUUCGACAUCCGUAUCUGGAUCAAGCCGAAAUCGUGCCGAAUCUGACGGUGUCAGUCGGUUUGCCAUACCCCCGGUCGGAAAGAAGCGGCGCGGCUUCCGGUGCUGCAUUUGUAGCGGAGGGAUAUGAAGGAGAGGCGGGAAGAAGGGGGUUCACAGUUCGUCGGAGCGGUUAACGAUCGUCGGUGCCGAUCGUGGACGACGAGGCGAGGAAUCGUCGUGUGACGAUGAGCGGGAACGAGUCGAGCGCGACGGCGACACUCGCGCCGACGAACGUUGCCGUCGUCUCCGCGGUCAUCUCCGUCACGGAUGAGGAGGAGGAAGAUCCGGCCUUGACCCUGGACUGCGUCGAGUCCGCCGUCGACAUGGACCUGGUGAACGGACCGAAUCCCUGGCUUCCGGCCUACGGUUUCCAGCUGCAGCAUCACUCCCAGUUCCAGCCGACGCACUUGGAGGAUCUACGGGCUAAUGAUACGAUGCUAGUGCAACAAAUCGAUUUUCUCGAGACGAUUCUGGAGGAGACAUCCGACGAUCUCCAAAGCGACUCCGAUCGCAGCAUAACGACGUAUUGGCUGGGAUCCGAUUCAGAGACUGAGAGCGUGAUUCAUAUCAAAACGAAGCAGAGAUCGGCAGACGAGCGGCUGGAUGGUAGCGGUAGCGAGUGCAAUUCAGUGGUACCGAAAAAGCGACGCCGUCGCGACCAUGGCACCGAUCAUCAUCACCACCAUCAUCAUCAGCAACAGCAAGUGGUCUAUGACGAGUAUCCGGCGUCGCCGAGGUCCUCCAGGUCCACAGCUUCCUCCAGAUCAAGCUCGCUGUUGCAAUUCGAGUCCUUGGAGAGGACCUGCGCCACGCUGUCACCUUCUAGCUAUAGCUUCGAUUCCCUGGAAUAUUCCAAUCGGUCGAACACCUCUCAUCCGGAGAACGAUUCGCCGGAUAGCUUGGAACAGGACUAUGAUAGGCUGCUACCAAAUGGUUUUGCCAGCACAUUGGCGGACCAUUUCCCGAAAAUCAGGCCCUAUCGCAGCUUUGAAAGUCUGGACACGUGCCAGAAAGAUGACAGCUUCGGCCAAGCGUCCAUGUCGAAUGGUUUCGCGCCUUUGUACCUGAAGAAGGGUGCUGAUUUAUCGAAUAUUAGGAAAAAUAACCAGCCAAGAGACUUCUGGCACGAGGACGAGGAAUAUGAAGACGAAGACGACGACGAAGAAGACGAAUACGAUUUCGAGGAGUACGAACGAAGUCGAACGAACGCGGAUUCCCGGUUGACGACCGGUUUCGAGGAUCGGCUGUUGUACGGUGAAUCCGGCAAGUAUGCGACGUCCUUGGACUAUCGAAACACGAUCGACCUGCGGGAGAUUGGCGUGGAGACGAAGAAAGACGCACUUUUGGAGCUUAAGUCCGGCCAAAAGACGGCUAGGUUAAAUAUAGCCGGCAGCGGUGCGGAGCAUCAUCACCAUCACCACCACCAUCAUCAUCAUCAUCAGCAUCCGCAGCAGCAGCAGCAGCAGCAGCAGCAGUACCAACAGCAGCAGUACGAUCAACACGAUCAUCAUCACCACCACCACCGUCGUCGCCGCCAACAGCAACACCAAGGGUGGAGCGACGAGGAGCGUUUUAAUUUUAGAUUCACGGACAAAUCGCAGAGCGCGCCCAGUCUACUCGACGGUGUUGAAGAGUCAGCACGCAGCGGUCUAAGCUGCACUUUACCGUCUCGUCUUCGCACCUCGAGGACGACCUCUUACGUGUCGACGUCUUCUCUCUUUGAGAACUACACACGGGUAGCCAGCGUGCCGGUGGAUCUAAAUCUCUGCGGCGUCGCCGCUAUGUGCGACGACGAGAUGAACGGUCAAGAAAUGGCGGAAACCUCGCCUUGUGACGAGGCUGAGACUCUGAAGAACUCACGAGAAGAUAUGAUCCUAAAAGAGGACGAUGAAACGCAAGUGGGAACGAAGGUUGCCUUAACCAGUUCAGUCAGGACGCAACCGGCCCAAGGCGCACUCAUGGAUGACAAUAUGGAGGAUCUCGAGAAGGAAAACGAAGAACGAACAAAGGUCGAAUACACGAGCGAUCGUUGCGAGGUGCAGCAGACGCGCAACAAACAAGCGAAGACAUCGACUGUGAAGACUCAAGAUCGCGCCAACUGUGUGCUGGAUAUGGCGAUGGUGACAGAGAACGACCUCGACGAAGCCAUCAAGCAAUUUAAGCGCGAGGUAGAGGAGGCGGCCGCUUCCGGAGUGACGAACGCCGCCAUUUUGGCAAUGGAGACAAUUCAGCGAACACCGUCCGGUCGAGUGAAAAGUCGAAGAGUGAAGAACAACGCUAGUUACGAGCUGGCGCAACAACUUGAGAUGGAUGAGAAAAAUUUUCAAUGGAAAUUCAAAGAUAAUGAUGAAAAUUGCGAUGGAGCUAGCUCUCCUGGGAAGAGACGGAUGUUGAACAAUGCCAGCUACGAAUUGGCGCUACAAUGCGACUACAUCAAGGCGUCGAAGAGCUCAAAAACGGCGUUCCAACGAAUGGACGCGUGCGACGAAUUAGAGGAAGCUGCAUCUGGACGGUCCUCAAGGCUAAAUGUCUCCGACGUGAUACGCCAAAUGGGCUCUGACACGAACAUCAGCGAAGACUCUAAGCUGAACGAGCCGCAGAAUGACUCGUUCUUCGGUCAGAUAAAAAAAAACUCGGAUCCAUUUUUGGCUUGUGGCGAUGCUAGCGUGCUGAAUCCACGGCUGCUAGAUGACGAGGUAGAUUAUCCCUGCUUGGAAACUAAACCUAUAGGAGCAUCCUGCUUGGAAACUAGGGUCGUUUUGCGCGAGAAGAUUGAAUUGGAGAAGCCAACUCAGUUGAAAAGUGUUCUUGAAAAUUCUUCGACGGUGUCCUCUUACAUCGAUGAAGAAUUAUCCAACAAACGAAGAGAAGAUGAGACUGAAGAUAUAAAGAAGAGUUUCAUCAGUGAGUUUUAUCCGGAACGAGUGACACAGCUUCCUCAGGCGGACGAGAGCAAAGUUCAAGAGUUGAAAGUGAACUCGGAGAACGCAUCGUCGAAUCGAGAUCACGAAGAUCGUUCCCAUAGUCCUGGUUCGAGCGAUCGAGGCGCCGGCGAACGUUUGUGGAGGGUCGUGAUCGAGAAGCAAGCGACGACGAAGAAAGAAGUGGAGAUGGAGGAAGAAAAGAGGGACGGGAUGGAGGCGGUAGAAAAGAAGGAGGUAGAGGAGGAGGGACACAGUGUCCGCGGUGUUGGCUCCGAGUCCCCACCCGGUGAUGCGGGUUCACUCGGUGAACGUAGUAGUGGGAAGCUCGCGGUGGCCGUGGCGGCAGUUGAUACGAAUCAUCGCGGUGGUGAUCGCGACAAACGUCAGGGCGACGAGCAGCAACGCGCGGCGAGCAUCAACAAACAGGACGCGAAACGGUCAUCGUUUGUUGCCCCGAAGAGGGAACCCGCGAAGAUCUACGCGGUUUCUUCAACCUCUCUACCGACAUCCUCGUCCUCCGCCGCCAUGAAGAGCGAGGAAAGAAAGAAGGGCGGCUUGGGCGGCUUUCUGCAGAGAUUCUCCAGACUGAGGUUCAGCGGUCGAACAAAAGUACCACGUUCGGAGACGCAUAAAAAGGGUGUCGAACCGACGGCGAGAACGCAGGAGGAACAACAGCCGUCCAUUGCCAAGAAGAAGGAGCCGGACUAUAUUAUCAUACCGUUGCAUCCGCCUGAGGAGGAGAGAAGACGCCAGGAGGUCGUUACUCUCGAGGAGGCCGCCAGGAGGAACAAUGUGGACAUUCAGAGAAGCGCUUCUAGUGUCAGCCGCCGGAGAAUGAGCUGCAGAAAGUGGGCGAGCGCGUGCCGAGUGAGCACGAGCUUAGGGUGCAGCGAUCGUUGCAACGACUCAAUGUGCCCGACUGGUACAAGAAUUCACCCGCUGCCCGCGACGGCUUCCGGCUGAAGAGGCACUCCGACGCGUCGCAGCAUGGAGGAUGGCGCGCCCUCGGCUCCAAGACCACCUCCCUGUCGUCCCUCUCG